ACCUUUCAAUAGGCCUCUUUCAAGACGAUCAGAAAUAAGGUGCACUGUUCUCCAUCGAGCUAAGGCCAAAAUCGGCGACGUGUACCAUUUUUCUCAGCCAUCCAGCGUUUAUUUCUCAAGAAAUCAUACCACUAAAUAUCAAAGAUGGCAGCUGAGGAUAACACUUCUGAACUUGCCUGCGUAUACAGCGCACUUAUCCUUCAAGAUGACGACGUCCCAAUCACGGCUGACAAGCUGCAGACCCUGAUCAAGGCAGCCGGUGUGUCAGUUGAGCCCUACUGGCCCGGUCUCUUCGCCAAGGCCCUGGGAAGCAUUGAUGUGUCUUCCCUCAUCUCCAACGUUGGAGCUGGAGGUGGUGGUGCAGCCGCUGCCCCUGCUGGUGAUGCCGGUGGUGAAGCCGCUGCCGAAGAGAAGAAGGAGGAAGUGAAGGACGAGUCCGAGGAGUCUGAUGAUGACAUGGGCUUUGGUCUGUUCGAUUAGAAACCUUGGACACACCCCUCUGCUCCAUGACAUCCAUCUCUGCCUGUCCCAAAAUGGACUCCAUCGUGGAUGCAUCAACAUCAUCAUCGUCAUCCAUCACAUUGAGAAGAAUGAUAUACAGGUGCCAUGGGGUGGUUUGCCCCUCAUCGCAUCUAAACCUCCAACAUCGAUGGACUAUUUAUCAGACUCAAUAAAUGGCCUUGUUGGAACAGGCAGUCUUUGAUUUUUGUGGCAAAAACGCAA